AUGGCCGCUCCAGAUUAUGCACUUACCGAUUUAAUUGAAUCGGAUCCUCGUUUCGAAAGUUUGAAGACAAGAUUAGCCGGUUACACCAAAGGCUCUGAUGAAUAUAUUGAAGAGCUAUACUCUCAAUUACCACUGACCAGCUAUCCCAGGUACAAAACAUUUUUAAAGAAACAGGCGGUUGCCAUUUCGAAUCCGGAUAAUGAAGCUGGUUUUAGCUCGAUUUAUAGGAGUUCUCUUUCUUCUGAAAAUCUAGUGAGCUGUGUGGAUAAAAACUUAAGAACUGCAUACGAUCACUUCAUGUUUUCUGCAAGGAGAUGGCCUCAACGUGACUGUUUAGGUUCAAGGCCAAUUGAUAAAGCCACAGGCACCUGGGAGGAAACAUUCCGUUUCGAGUCGUACUCCACGGUAUCUAAAAGAUGUCAUAAUAUCGGAAGUGGUAUAUUGUCUUUGGUAAACACGAAAAGGAAACGUCCUUUGGAAGCCAAUGAUUUUGUUGUUGCUAUCUUAUCACACAACAACCCUGAAUGGAUCCUAACAGAUUUGGCCUGUCAGGCCUAUUCUCUAACUAACACGGCUUUGUACGAAACAUUAGGUCCAAACACCUCCGAGUACAUAUUGAAUUUAACCGAGGCCCCCAUUCUGAUUUUUGCAAAAUCAAAUAUGUAUCAUGUAUUGAAGAUGGUGCCUGAUAUGAAAUUUGUUAAUACUUUGGUUUGUAUGGAUGAAUUAACUCAUGACGAGCUCCGUAUGCUAAAUGAAUCGUUGCUACCCGUUAAGUGCAACUCUCUCAAUGAAAAAAUCACAUUUUUUUCAUUGGAGCAGGUAGAACAAGUUGGUUGCUUUAACAAAAUUCCUGCAAUUCCACCUACCCCAGAUUCCUUGUAUACUAUUUCGUUUACUUCUGGUACUACAGGUUUACCUAAAGGUGUGGAAAUGUCUCACAGAAACAUUGCGUCUGGGAUAGCAUUUGCUUUUUCUACCUUCAGAAUACCGCCAGAUAAAAGAAACCAACAGUUAUAUGAUAUGUGUUUUUUGCCAUUGGCUCAUAUUUUUGAAAGAAUGGUUAUUGCGUAUGAUCUAGCCAUCGGGUUUGGAAUAGGCUUCUUACAUAAACCAGACCCAACUGUAUUGGUAGAGGAUUUGAAGAUUUUGAAACCUUACGCGGUUGCCCUGGUUCCUAGAAUAUUAACACGGUUUGAAGCCGGUAUAAAAAACGCUUUGGAUAAAUCGACUGUCCAGAGGAACGUAGCAAAUACUAUAUUGGAUUCUAAAUCGGCCAGAUUUACCGCAAGAGGUGGUCCAGAUAAAUCGAUUAUGAAUUUUCUAGUUUAUCAUCGCGUAUUGAUUGAUAAAAUCAGAGACUCUUUAGGUUUGUCCAAUAACUCGUUUAUAAUUACCGGAUCAGCUCCCAUAUCUAAAGAUACCUUACUAUUUUUAAGAAGUGCCUUGGAUAUUGGUAUAAGACAGGGCUACGGCUUAACUGAAACUUUUGCUGGUGUCUGUUUAAGCGAACCGUUUGAAAAAGAUGUCGGAUCUUGUGGUGCCAUAGGUAUUUCUGCAGAAUGUAGAUUGAAGUCUGUUCCAGAAAUGGGUUACCAUGCCGACAAGGAUUUAAAAGGUGAACUGCAAAUUCGUGGCCCACAGGUUUUUGAAAGAUAUUUUAAAAAUCCGAAUGAAACUUCAAAAGCCGUUGACCAAGAUGGUUGGUUUUCCACGGGAGAUGUUGCAUUUAUCGAUGGAAAAGGUCGCAUCAGCGUCAUUGAUCGAGUCAAGAACUUUUUCAAGCUAGCACAUGGUGAAUAUAUUGCUCCAGAGAAAAUCGAAAAUAUUUAUUUAUCAUCAUGCCCCUAUAUCACGCAAAUAUUUGUCUUUGGAGAUCCUUUAAAGACAUUUUUAGUUGGCAUCGUUGGUGUUGAUGUUGAUGCAGCGCAACCGAUUUUAGCUGCAAAGCACCCAGAGGUGAAAACGUGGACUAAGGAAGUGCUAGUAGAAAACUUAAAUCGUAAUAAAAAGCUAAGGAAGGAAUUUUUAAACAAAAUUAAUAAAUGCACCGAUGGGCUACAAGGAUUCGAAAAAUUGCAUAACAUCAAAGUCGGACUUGAGCCUUUAACUCUCGAGGAUGAUGUUGUGACGCCAACUUUUAAAAUAAAGCGUGCCAAAGCAUCAAAAUUCUUCAAAGAUACAUUAGACCAACUAUACGCCGAAGGUUCACUAGUCAAGACAGAAAAGCUUUAG